UUUGGAGUGUCACGUGGCUGUAGAAACCAAAGUACAAACCAUCAUGGUUUCGAGCACGAAUUUGGCAUGUGACCAGUUUCCACGAAGAAGACGAUGACACAAAGGCCACACUCUCACAUCUGUCACAAAAAUCGGAAGAACAAUCCACACACACACAAUUCCUCCAAACCCUAGCGAAGAUCUCGAAAAAGAUCGAAGAACAUGGUGAAUAAACGAGUACCUGAUUGGCUCAACAAUUCCAUGUGGUCUGCUCCGACCACAACCACUCCUUCACCACCUAAAUCGCAAUCCCAAUCGUCGCCCUCUCGAUCACCGUCGCACGCCGAUCGCAUCGAUACUUACCCUUCCAAACCUCCCUCCGUUACUUCCUCGGAUUCUUCUAUGAACGAACCGCGUGAAUCAUUGCCGUCGCCCAGUGUAAUUAGACCCGAAUCCCCUUCUAAACCAGCUCCAGCUCCAGCUCCGAGGACGGAAGUUAAGGAUCCGUUGACCAGUAGCGAUAGUAGUGGUAAUGACGUUAGUUCUCAUGUUGAAGACGAUUCUCGCCAGGCACAGCUAUCACAAGAGCUUUCGAGGAAGAUCAUAAAUAUGGUAGAGCUGAAAAGACUUGCUUCACUGGGUAUUCCAGAUGGUGCUGGUAUUCGAUCCACUGUUUGGAAGCUGUUGUUAUCAUAUCUUCCCAGUGACAAGGGGCUUUGGUCAUCAGAAUUGGCCAAGAAAAGGUCUCAAUACAAGCAUUUUAAAGAAGAUCUUUUGAAGAAUCCAUCAGAAGUCACUAGAAAAUUGGAAGAGUCUACAUCUUCUCAAAAUGGUGAAAAGACAAAAGAGGGCAAGGGUUUACUCUCAAGGUCUGAGAUACCUGAGGAUGAGCACCCUCUGAGUCUAGGGAAAACAAGUGUAUGGAACCAAUUCUUUCAGGACACUGAGAUCAUUGAGCAAAUAGAUCGUGAUGUGAAGCGAACUCAUCCAGACAUGCAUUUUUUCUCUGGUGACACUGCUUCUGCAAAAGCUAACCAGGAUGCUUUGAAAAAUAUACUGAUUGUAUAUGCGAAAUUGAACCCGGGGAUACGAUAUGUGCAAGGGAUGAAUGAAAUUUUGGCUCCUUUGUUCUAUGUGUUCAAGAAUGAUCCCAAUGAGGAUUUUGUGGGGAAUGCUGAAGCGGAUACAUUCUUUUGUUUUGUUGAGUUAUUAAGUGGUGUUCGUGAUAAUUUCUGUAAGCAACUUGAUAAUAGUGUUGUUGGCAUCCGUUCAACAAUUUCAAAAAUGUCACAACUUUUAAAGGACCAUGAUGAAGAGCUAUGGCGACAUCUUGAACACACAACAAAAGUGAAUCCGCAAUUCUAUGCAUUUAGAUGGAUUACACUCCUGUUGACUCAGGAAUUCAAUUUUGCAGACAUUCUUCAUAUAUGGGACACACUUUUAAGUGAUCCCGAAGGUCCACAGGAGACCCUUCUUAGGGUAUGCUGUGCGAUGUUGAUUCUUGUGAGGAGACGUUUGCUUGCGGGAGAUUUCACAGCUAAUCUUAAGUUGCUCCAAAGCUAUCCAUCCACAAAUAUUAGUCAUUUGCUGUAUGUCGCAAAUAAGCUACGUUCUAAUCCACUUCUUUGAUUUUCUAUUCCCUUUUUAUUAUUCUUGUAUUGUUUAGACUAUACAUCAUUUCAACGGUUUUUUUUUUUUUUGAUUAUUUUUACAUAACCCAUGUUUUGUAAAUUGGCCGACAAGUAUAGCACGCAGGGGUGUUAUAGUAAUUUACUAGUAUUGAUUUAACUUUA